CUACCGAGCGGCUCAUCAGUCCGGCACGGUGCGGUGUCCCGAAUGCACGUCGAACCAUCCAUUUUUCGCGGGUUCUUGUCACGUGAUUCUGCUCCGAGCAUCACGCAGCAUCUCACGAGCACGCUCGUUCACCGGUACCGAGUGGAGAACCCGCCAGCCGACUCCGAUUAACUUCGGUACAUCGCUCGAUCGGCAGCUGCGACGCUGCGAGAUAGCGGUCUACAGCGUCCAUUGGACAUCCGCGUUUCGAUAGAAUCACGUCUGUACAGUACAAAUAUUCGACCAAGGUUUUACCGAGCAACGCACAUAAUAAAGGGCCGCAAGAGUGCGAGCGGAGAGAUUAAAAAAUCGUGGAUUCAAGAUCGACCUGUACGAGUGUUACGCGGCCCGUGGCAGCGAUCCAAGGAUUUAGCAAUGCUCAUGAAUGGGAGUGGCCAGCAUUCCAGUGGAGCGUAAAGAUCAGCGAGCCUGUCAUGAAUUAAGAUCAAUGGAAAAAAUGGAUGUCGCCAAGGGUACAACGGAGGACUUCGUGACGGUGGUCAGCGUCGGCAGUCAGCCGGCGUCGGAAAACUUUGUGACCGUUCUGUCGAUCGGCAACAGAAAGAAAGGCGAUGAAGAAACGUCGGCGGCGGGCAAGAGUCUGUCGAACGGUAUGGACGGGCACCUCGAGGAAGAGGUGGAAGUUUUCAGAUUGCCCGGGGAGCGUUUGGGCUUUGGACUCAAAUUCGAAGGCGGCAACAAGACCGCCGAGAGAGUCCGAAGACUAUUCGUGCAGAGCUGCGCGGAGCAAAGUCCAGCCAGCAGAGCGAAAUGUUCGUGGGGCACCUUAGGCGAAGGAGACGAGGUACUUUCGAUCGACGGUAUACCAGUAACACACAUGACUCGAUUGGAUUGCGUGAGAAGAUUGAAGGAGUCGCAAUUGGUCAUCAGGUUAAUGGUGAGGUGUCGCGGCGCUCUUAGACCGGAAGUGGUGAGCGCCGAGAGAAAAAUCGAAAGGAGCAAAGUGCCUCCGGAAUUACCCGCGGCACCACCGCCUGUACCGCCGAGGAAGCUGAGACAGCCUCGAGGAUCCGCGGACGGCGAGGCGAAUCCUAGUCCUAUCAAGAAAUUAUGGGACAAUUCCAAGUCGCAGAACGGAUUGCAGAAUGGCUCGCAGAACGGCACGCAGAACGGUUCGUCGAUUUCACAAGUCGGACCGCAGUGCGUGACCAAAAUAAGCUCGUACGAGAAUUGCGAGUCGAGAGGCGUCAAUGGAUUGAAUCAGGAAAGCACGAAGGAAUCGCCGAAGGACCGCUCGCCGGAGUUCGUGAAAUCGAAGCAGGAACCGCCGGAAGCAAUGGUUUAUCUGGAUGCGCGAUCGCAAUGCGGCUCCACGCAUGGCAGCACGUCCGACGAUACCGGCAGCUCCAUGUCCACCGUGGUGGACAGAUUCUCGACUUCUGAUCGCGUGUCGACCAUCUCCACGGCGUCCACGGCGUCGACUGCCGGUUCCGAACAGCCGAGUGAAUUCUCGGGCGUCGAUCGAGACGUGGACCGGUCGUCCGAUCGAGACGUGCUACUGUCUCGCGCGAUCUGCCCGCUGGAGCAUCUGGAGCGGGACUUUUCAAAUCCGCCCGAUUACCUGCUCCGCCGUCUCGCCAGUUCCGAGGCGGUGACGCAUGUGGAGUCACGGGGCGAAGUUGAACGGAUUACAGCGGUCGUUGCACCGAACACGGUGUUGAUCGAGGAAACGAUCACUCUUCAGCCGCCGCUCAGCUUUCAGGACGCCCCGCUGAGUUACGGACACGAGGCCCGGCCGGAUCUUUUCUACACGGCCGACCUGGCCGCCGACUCGACGACGCAUUUCAGGCCAAUUAAGGACGACGUGGAACUCGUGGAACGUGUCAACGGCAACCACGAUGAAUUCCGCGAAGCCACCUGCGUUUCCGGCACGGGAAGAAGCAACGACGACAGGUCGUCGCCGCCGCCGUUACCGGCUAGAAAUCACGUUAAUAGGAUCUGCGUAAACCAGACGCAGACGAGUGAAUCUGGAAGCGAGGCGCGUCCGCGAAUCUCCGCAACGGUACCUGUCUCCUCCGAGAGGCAACUUUCGGAAGCUCCUCUAUUACCGCCGAAACCGUUGCCGAGAAAGGACGUUAAGGCUAGACGGAAGAGACCACCUCCGCCGCCUCCACCGCCGAUUAUAACACCGCGAAGAGAAAUUAAGUCUUCUCCGUCGAUCGAUUCUAAUCACAUAACGGAAACAGAAAGCGAGAAUCUUUCGCAAGUUGAAAGCACAGAAUGCAUUCGAUCAGGAGUAUGCAGUCUGUCAUCAAAUGAAGAUAAUAUCCUUGACGAAAGGAAUCGAAGACUCGAGAGCUCAGACGGGAGUCUCGCUAAUGAAUCUGACAUGAAGAACGCUCUUGAUAACGAGAAAGACAAAGCCUUAAAUUCGGGAGAAGCCGCACAAACGAACAAGGUCUUUGAAAUUAUCGAAAUCAGAAUGUCCAAAGGUUUGCAGUCCGAUCAGAAGGAGGAAACUGCAAAGAGUAAAUCAAAUAAUGCAACAGAAAUUCUGAAUUGCAAGCAAAGUAAAGUUAAAGAUAAAGUAACUGACAGGACCGAGCAAGAUCAACUGCAACCUGUGAAUAAUUCGAAGAAAGUCUCACCGGAGCAUCAAACCACGAACACAGAAUCAACCGACAAGCGUAUUAACGGGUCAAACAAUGAAAAAGAAAGACGGAAAGACUCGGAAAGUUGUUAUCAAGAAGAAACUAAAAUAACGGAUCAGGACACUUUUAAGGAAGUAUUUACAUCGAACGAAGACAGUAUCUCGUCGCUCGAUAAUCCUGUGGUGCAAGAAAGCGAGGACGACGAAACUUACCAAUCGCUCGACGUGACGAACGACGACAUAAAGACAGCAAAAGUGAAUCAAAUACUAAAGACGGAGGAAGUUAUGGAGGAAGAAGACACCACCGACGAAAGCGACGACGGCGACUAUUACUGGCAAAGUAAUCUCGCUACCAUCGGCGAAGAGGAGGAAACUUCCUUAGAAUACGUGAAUGCAAACAACGCAGACACGAAUGAUUCCAGCGAGCUGGCGGUGAAACCGGAAGACUCGUCUCCUGCAAUCAAGAAAGAUACGUUCGUUAAAAACGCGCGAGAUGACGAAGCAGACCGCGUGAGCAAGAUUGCAGAAUACACGGAGGAGGAAAGCAAGAACCCGAACAAAGACACGGUAAAUGGUAAGAUGGAAAACUGCGGAGGCGGCCAGCGCCUGCCCCCGGACGGGGACGAAUUUCCAGCAGCAUACCAAGAAUUCAGCAACAGUGGCAACCAGCCACCGUACAGAUAUAUCGCCGCGACAAGGACAGCGACGAUAACCACGAAUGGCGGAGGAUUGUGCAACGAGAACGAGUCGUUCCGUGCUGGCGAGACUACUCUUAAAAUGCUCGCGAACGACAGCAACGUUGUCGGUUCGAGGAGCAUUAUUCUACCCGAUAGUAAGAUGACGUUCGCAGACACUGAAAACGUGAGGCAGGAUCUAAACAAAGUCGCUUUGGCAAACAUGGAGAGCGUCCGGUCCGAGAUGGGCAAGGCUACGUCGGCCAGUGUGGAUAAUGUAUGUCAAGACGUCAAGUCCACCGAGGUCGCUAACGAAGAGAAAAAAUCACCUUAUCAUACCUCGGAAGAUAUCGCCAAGAAAAACGCUUCCAUCGGCGCGGCAAAUUCCCUUUACUCUUGUCAGACGACUAACAGCAACUUAAUGAUAAGCGAGAAGAAAAUGGAGAUCGCCGGAUAUUACCACAAGGACGUGACGACGAUCGAACAAGUGCCAAGCCACGUGGAAAAGGACACGCCUGUUGAAAUCCCGCCGCCUCUGCCAUUGACAGGUCCGCCGAAAAUCGAGCAAACAGUUUUGCACGCGAGAAACGUUCCUACAAUAGAGUCGCCGCAGAGAAAGUUUUCCUUGAACGGCGAUCUCUGGAGACAAGACGACAAGUCCGAGCGAUCUGUUCGCGACAAAAUCGCCAUGUUUUCGUCGCAGAGCAGCCUUGACGCGCCCCUAUUUCCCAAUACCGUGACAGCGGCAGCAGCCACGAACAACAGCAAACGCCUCUCCAAGUACAAGUCCUCCGAAGAUGUGUGCUGCGAUGACAAGAGCAACGGACAGAAGGACCGGCCGUCCUUCUUUGCCGACAGGACACAGAGUUCCUUCGACCUCACCGAUUCGGCGAAAGCUAUGACAGGGCAUGAUUCCGCGAAGAAAUAUAACCAGAGACCGCCUAGUUUGCCACAGACUGUUCAACCUGCUCUGUCGAGUUCAACUACGCAAACUGCGCGGGUUCCAAAGACGCUACCGAUCGUUCCGCCGAAAACUACAUCGCUGUCCAGUCCGUCCUCGUAUGACAAGCAGAACUUUUUAAAUACAACGACGAAAAAUUAUGGCGCGAGCGCCGCCGAAAACGGCAAUUUGCAGAAUGCCGUGUAUUCAAGUGUCAGUAAAGCUGUGGGUUCUUGUAACAGUUCUAGCAACUCGGUCAAGACAACGAGCACGCCUUCGUUAACGCGAGCUACCAGUUUCUCAGGCCCGACACCCUUCACGCAAAAUCGAGAUUCUCUGGCAAGCGAUUCCAUCGGUAACUCACAAAUCUCAAGGACGAAUUCCUUGGCGUCCACGUUUAAACGACCCGGAGAAGAUGCGAGAAGAAACAGCUUGAAUCAGCUGAUUGAGCAGAGACGAAGAUCGAUAUCGAAGCUACGUGGGCUGGUCAUACCGGAAAAAGAUACCGUACCGAUCGACCAACCUAUCGUCGAUCUACCGGAAAUCAAAUCGCGGGAUUCGAUAUUGUUGCAUCAGAUACCAAAGGCAAACAUUCAAGACAAAUGGGGGUCUCAGAGUUCCUUAGCCAGCAAUGUCAGCACGGCGAGUCAGCCCUUGAAAGCGACAACGUCCUUCAAGAUGCCGGCGCCACAGAUACACUCCAAGUACUCCCCGGCUUUCAAGAGAAAGUCUCUCACGGUUUACGGUACUUCAGUGACAAGCUCCGCGAUAAACGGCAGCAGUCCGAUCAAGAGCUCUCAAUCACCGGCGAUGUCCACGUUUUCGGAGCCGCCGAAAAGCCUGGAAAGUAUUUGCAGCCCGACGAGAAGCGAUUACAGCUUCGAGUUCGCUUCGACGACCAGCUCGCCGGAUGGUUCGCGUACGCGGCCGAGGACGAUGCAGAGGAAGGCACGCUUAGAUUACGACGACUCUGAUAAUGAUUCGGCUGUGAGCAGCUCCCAGAGCAGUAUAUCGCGCGGCUUCAGUCCGCCGAUGUCUCCGGUACCAUCGGAAAGAUCCACCAUUUCGUCGGAGAGAUCUUACGUCUCCACGGAAUUAAACUGCCAACGUCGACCUUUGAUCGCGGACAAUUUGAGUAGAAUCUCAGUCGCACGGGAUAUCAGAGAUCCGAUUGUUGCAUCCGACAAAGAUCAAUUUGCCCCCAGGAUAGGUGUCCUCGGUGAACGAACGUACCUGGCCGAGAGAUCGUCUUCCAGCAGCAGCGGCUCGAAUCCGCGCUCGCCACAGCCGAACGAGCUUGUGUCGAGGGGCUCGCAGAUCCCUCAGAGACAACUGAGGCGAUCGAACAGCACCGAUACAAAUUGCAGCACGUCCUCGACGCUCACAUCCGGAUCUCAGGCGAGUGCCGAGUCCUUAUCCCGAAGGGUACUGAAGCCGCAAAGCGUGGAGGCGAUAAAUCGGAAGAAUAUCCUAGCGAGUGCCAGAUGCCGAAGUGGCAGGGAUCUGAACGGGUCGCCGCUGAUCCAGCGAAAGUUCUCGGACGACGAAGAUGCUGCGAAAGGUGUCAUCGAGAACGGCGGCGUUAUUCAUCCGAUGAGCAAUAAUACCGUAAACAAUUCCGCGAGCAAACAAGAGAUCAAGAUUGCCUACAUAGAAGUCGCGGACCCCUUUGCGGAGGAUAAAAGCUCGUUCUCGAAGAGGACGGAGAAGCCUAAACUGCCGCCUAAAAUGAGUUUCCCGCCGCCGGCUAUUAGACCGCCUAAGUCCGAAAUGUUGGAGCCAUCGAACGAUCUGAAAAUGUGGGUUCGAGCGGAGGUGAAGACCCUGUCGCGAUCGAUGGAAGAAAAGUCGAAAAGCCCACCCGUUGCGACGCAAAACUUGGAAACGAGAAACAAUCGCGGGUCCAUGUUUAACGAGCCCGUGAUUGCAGAAUCCAACGACGAUUUGUCUUCAAAGGGCAGAAUCACGGUAAGCGAUACGAAGGUGACCGCGAUGGAGGCGUCGAAACCACAAAGUAGAGCGACUCCCAGAAAAAGUGUGGAAGAGCAAAACGAUCUCUUGACCAUCCUAACGACGAAGAGCCGCUCCAGAUCAGCCAUACAUGUCGACGAAGGGACUUUCGGCAGGUCGAAGAGCCAGAUGAGCCUGGAGGAUAUACUUGGCGCUAAGCCGGACCUCAAGUUAACCCGCGCGCCAAAUACAGAGUCGAAAAUGGAGAAAAACGGUGCGAUAACAAGCUCGCCGGUGAAGCCUGUUUACGAAAACUCCAAAGAAAGUCGAUACGGUAGAAGAGGCUCCACUACUUCGAACGAGUCCUGGACGGAAGACAAACCCUUCGUCUCAAAAAUACCAACUUUAGGGAGAGUCAAAACUGUGGACAGCGGUGACGAAAUGUCGGAGAGCGUCGAAAGAAUGAAAAGCGCACCGGCGUCGAAGAUUCCGACGUGCCGUGGCCUGAAUCGACGCAGCGCCAGCGUGACGGAUAUGAAGAAAGCCCUGGAGAAGAUCGACACGAAUCCCGUACACAGCCAGCUGCAACAGACCGCCAGCGGUACUCACAAUCGUUUUCCAAGUCUGGACAGCAGCGUGGACGAGAACAUCGGUACGGAAAUGGACACCGCCGACAGGUGCUACGGCGAGCAAUUCGGCAGCAUCAGUUCGCUGGCCAGCAGCACCAGCCUGAUCUCGCAACAGGAACUGGCGCAGCUCGUCGAGGAGGCGAGCUUGGAGGAGGCACGUGGCGCGCACGACGUCAUAGUCGUUCUACUCCACAAGGAGAACCCGACCGGCAGCGUCGGCAUCACUUUGGCCGGCGGCGCGGACUGCGAGGUGAAGGAGAUCACGGUUCACCGAGUGCUGACACACUCCAUCGCGGACAAAGACGGCCGGGUGCAGAGGGGCGAUAGGAUUCUCAGCAUAAACGGUCGGAGCACGCGAGGUCUCACGCACAGGGAGAGCAUGGCGGUGCUGAAGCAGCCGAGAUCGGAGGUCGUGUUGGUCGUGUCGAGGGUCAGGAUGGAGGAGGGCUGUAAGCUGAGGUCGCGAACCGCGAGUGUCGAAACCAUCGUCGAAGGGUUAGAGACGAAUGGAAACGUGGAGAACACGGCGUGGGGGCCACCGUCGACCGUGGCGGUUUACAAGGACGGAGCCGGACUGGGAUUUAGCCUGGAGGGCGGCAGGGAUAGUCCCCUCGGGGAUAAACCUCUAAUCAUCAAGAAGAUUUUCACCGGAGGUGCUGCCGAGAAAACGGGUGCCUUGAAAGCCGGGGACCAAUUGCUCGAGGUAAACGGUAACGACGUAACGCGAAUGUCGAGGAUAGAAGCGUGGUCUUUCAUGAAGAAGCUCCACGACGGCGAAGUGAAUCUGCUAGUCAGGCAUCCUGCCACCAAAUCCUCGUGAAGAGUACGAAAUCCCGAUCGCACGAUGCAAACGGAACGUAGAGAAA